UUAAAAAUAUGUCUCUCAGCACGAAGCGCUCGAAAGAACUAGAAGUUAUGAAGGAGCAGAAUUUAUUCUCCACUAAACUAUACCCAGUCAAGAAAGUUAUCAGAAGAGCUAAGCUAUUCGUCAAACAAAAGAGUAGCAACAUGUACAUGACUCUAAAAGUUAAAGAUCAGAGUCGAGAUAAACAGAACUUACUUAGAGUAGCACUCCCUACUAAUGUAAUGGCCAUAAUGAAUCUAAAUUUGAGUACUACAAAGAACAGAAAAGAAGCAAGAGAGAGUUUGGACCAUAUGAUUGGUGCCAAGCUUAUAAGGCUUGGGAUUCACUUCAAGCGAGAAGAGAUUUCAGGAUCGCAUUUCCAUAACCAACUCGGUAAUGCUUUAAGGUUGUUCCAAAAGAACGCAAGAACACAUAUGGCAGAGAGUGUACCUCUGAAUGUUAAUCUAUCAUGGCUAAUUCUUUCUGAAUCUCAGAUGUUCAGAAUUCUGUCUCAUUCAGACAUGCUCAAUAGUCUGAAAUUUAGCAAGUGAGUGCUACCUGUUCUGUACAAAGAGCACAAAUUUGAAAAGAGAUGAAUGCUGAGCUCUCUAGACAUCCUCAAGAUCAGGAACAGGGAGUACGAUGAAGAGGGCUUCAGAGAAAGACUCUUAGGUUCUAUCUUAGGAUUCAUCACAAGAACUCCCCUACGCUUGUCUAUCAAGAAGAUGACUAUUGAUUUAGGCUUGGAUUGAGAAGAGCUUAAAGAAAUAAGAGCAGAGCAUGGUCUGGAGGAGAUCAGAUUCGAGUAUAAUGAUGCUUAUGGAGAAGUCCCAAAAGAUGGCAAUACAUAAGGUCAAUUAAAUGGGAAAUUAUAAAUAUAUUUUCA